GCGGCAGUCAGUCGUCCGCGCGCCCCCGUCCGGUGAGGGUUAUCGUGUUCGGUGGUGAGUUUUCGUUGCCAGUGACGGAUCAUUGGGCGCACUCGGUCAUUGGUCGAUCAGCUGAUCGCCUAGUUAGUGUUCUGGUGGUGUCCCGGUCGUCCCCGAGGUCAGCGGAAGACGCCAGACCCCGUCGUCCACCGCAUCCUGCUAGAAUUAAGAAGUCGCCGAGCACCCGCGGGACAACGCCGGCUUGCGGAAACAGGAACGGCCAGGGAGAAGUCCAGGAGAGACGGGGCGCUGUGAUUGAAUAACCGGGAAAACUUAAAAACGAAUUCUAGGUCAAGGCUCGAAGCACGAAGCACGUCGGAACGAUGUGAGAGGACUAUAUGGGUGAACACCAACCUGGCAAGGAAUACUCGACGAAAUCACGAACACGUGGCGAGACGUGAAGCGGGCGUUGAGCCUGCUGUGCGUAAAAAAAUUCUCCGGAAGCGGAACGAUGCUGGAGGCGCCGCCCGGAAGUCGCGAGGACCUCGUGGAAGCAGCAAGAACACCAUGCACGCCCACAGAUCUGGACACGAUGCUAUAUGGGUACACGAACAACAUAUACGUGCUGGACCACACGCCCGAAUCCUUGCCGGAUAUGGACAUGCUGCAACUGUUCGCAUCGCCAGCGGGUCGAGCACUGCUCACCAGUGACAAUCGGCCGAGAGGAUCGACGUCGACCUCCUCCUUGUCUCGAGAGUCCUCUUCGAGGCUGAAGAGCGGCAGAAGACCAUCGGGCACGGGUACAGUCAGUGCGCCGACCUCGCCGCCGAGGCAACGAAAAUCCAGCGCCGAACUGUACAAAGAGGCUGUCGAGAUACUCGGUCUCACCUGUUCGCUGACUGAUAGCUGCCGAUGCAUCGACUGCCAGAGCAACUACUUCGACUGCGACGACGAUUGCGGGGACGCGAGAACGGAAUUGGCUGCGGGCACUCCUAUUCUACUGGACCACGCUUUGUCGCAUCCGCUGACAUGUUCCAUACAGUAGCAGCCGACCGUCGCGUAAACAUUCCGAAAUCGGCCCACUGUUAGCCCGCUCCGCCGCAUCCACGAGCCAUAAAAGAGGAAAAGCCUUCGAGACGAAGCGGAUAGAUAGAUAGAUAAAAAGAGAGAGAGAGAGAGAGCGCGCGCUAGCGAUCAAGAAAGAGAGAGAGAGGAAAAGAGGAGAGAGGUUCGACGCGUGCGCUUCGAUCCCGAGUAAAACGCUUCAACGGAGAUCCACGCGAAGAGCGUGUGUCAAAAGGCGAGCCGUGUCGACAAAGAGGAUCUACAAAAGAGGAGAGCACAAGCAGCAGCAGCAGCAGCAACAACAGCAGCGAGAGGACACACCUCGACAAAACGAACGUGGAACGCCGAAGACUUGCACGACGGUCUUGAUUCAUGCUCCAUUGACCACCAACCCUCGAGCUUCUUCCUGCGGUCUUGAUUAGAUUGAUUGCGUUUCUCGACGAACAAGCUCGACCCAUGUGUUCAGUUCGAUGCACGCUGCCGGCGUUCCCAAAUGUUUCCUCGGGAUAAAUCAAUGAUCGAAAAGAAGCGGAUCCGAUUCACCGGGAACCGAAAACGUUUCUUCUUCCACGGUCCUCUUGCUCCCCCCCAUCUCCCCUCGUCUCACCGCUUUAGAUCGUGUUUUAUUAGACUUCGAACAAUGUUCUCGGCGUGUUUUUCCCCGCCUCGGAACCAAAGUUUCGGCCACGUUCGGCAACGUUCCGCUGGCAGCGUGCGCGCACCAGCGACAAUUUCCUUCGAGAACUCUGUACAAAAUUCUCUAACGAACCGUUUCUACUCGAAUACCGUUCAGUUUGACAACUUUGUUGUCCAGUUUGUUGCCGUGCAUUUCCCGAUCAUUCGCCGCGUAAAAAAGAAAAAACAGUACAAUGAACAACGGGGCUUGCUGUCGACCAGCGUGUAAUUUACGGACAAUAUCAGCGGCGCGAGCGACUCUCAAUCGUUCGAUGUAAUUAUGCUACCCGUACGUAACGACGCUGAAAAUGAAUCGCGUGCGAAAUCUUCCGCGGAUCUACGGUAUCGCCGCCGGUCGCGGAAUCCGGCGGCGAGAACAAUUCGGCAGAGGGGACGCGCCGGUCUCCCGCGCCGUUUCCACAUGGUCAUCCGAACGCCCUAAAAUCAUAAUUACAUCGUUCAUAGAACGCGAGGGACAGGAUUCGCUUAGGGUCGCCUGGCUCGAGUAAAUCGGACGAAUUUAUCGACGCGGUCCGCGCACGCCAAGGAACGCGCGACGGUCGCGCGUCUAAUUUCGAAUUACAUAAUUAGCGGUAACGAUCGCUUUGCUGGGCGACAGUCGAAUGGUUUGUCGGGACGCGACGAUUCUAUAUUAUACAAUUAUAUACAUAAAUUAUCGAACGUUUUAUUAUCAUUCGUUGCUAUGGUUACCAUUAUUGCCGGACCGCGGAUCUUCUGCGAGUAUGGGAAAGAUCAGCGGCCGAAAUAUCCGCGCCGACGAAAAUUAUGAAACUUGUUACGCAGAUGCGUAUGCUUGUCUGUAGUAAAUCUUCUUAGUAUGAAGCAAAAAUUUGUAUCGUGUCGACGAAUAUGUUCAUUUGUUCUUUUUACAAUUUUUUUAUCUCAUACUUCGUUUUUCUUCUUUUUUUGUUUGUAUUACUUUUUUGAUUGUCGGACGCGCCGAGUAAGACAUUAUUGCGAUAUAAACAAUCUGUAAAGCGCUUCACUGUAAUAUGUACUUUUAACUUUAUGAGACGUGUGUUUGGUAAAAUGUCGAAUUUUAAAUUAAUUAAAUUAAUUUAAAUUAAUUUUAAAUUAUCGAAUGUUGACGAUACGCGAAGUUUAUUAACUUUCGUCGGUAUGUGUGUGUAUUGGAAGAACAGAUCUGUAACGUUUUAGCAAAAAUACGUUCUCGUCUAGUUUGAUAGAAUAGGGGAAUCUUCAGUUUGCACGAAGGUCCGCGGUCUAAUUAUUGCCCUUACUUGAUUAAGUGUCUAGUAAGGCGUGUUGUUGGACGAUAUGAGCUCGCGAGAUACAGAAACGACCAGAUGGCAAUGGAUAAGAGAAUUGCAAAGAAAGAAAGAAAGAGAGAGAGAGAGAGAGAGAGAGAUUUAUUGCGGUAGGAGUGUAAUGUUAUAUAAAUAUAUUAUAUUUAUAAUAUGUAUAGAGAGAGAAAGAGAGAUGUUGUCGGAUAUACGUAUAUGUUGAGUAUAUGUGUGCGAUUGAGUUUUAUAAAACUAACCUUGCGUUAA